CAACUCCCUGCUGCCAUCUCUCGCAACUUCAACUUUCACAUCCAGAUAUCCCAAAUAAAACUCCAAGAUGGCUACUGAAGAGAGACCUGCCUCCCUCCGUCUGGGUUCCAUUGCCCCCAACUUCAAGGCCGAGACCACCCAAGGUCCCAUCGAUUUCCACGAGUUCAUUGGCGACAAGUGGGUUGUUCUCUUCUCCCACCCCGAGGAUUACACUCCCGUCUGCACCACCGAGCUCGGUGCGUUCGCAAAGCUCGAGCCUGAGUUCACCAAGCGUGGGGUCAAGUUGAUCGGUCUUUCUGCCAACACCAUCGAGUCGCACGGAGGAUGGAUCAAGGAUAUCGAUGAGAUCUCGGGCAGCAAGUUGAGCUUCCCCAUUAUCGGCGACAAGCAGCGAAAGGUCGCAUACGCCUAUGACAUGCUUGACCACCAAGACACCACCAACGUUGAUUCCAAGGGCAUUGCAUUCACCAUCCGCUCUGUCUUCAUCAUCGACCCCAAGAAGACCAUCCGCCUCAUCCUCUCUUACCCUGCCUCCACUGGCCGCAACACCGCUGAGGUUCUCCGUGUCGUCGACUCACUUCAGACGGGUGACAAGCACCGCAUCACCACACCCAUCAACUGGAUCCCAGGCGAUGAUGUGAUCGUUCACCCCAGUGUCAAGAACGAGGAGGCCAAGACUCUGUUCCCUGACUUCCGCAUCGUCAAGCCAUACCUUCGAUUUACCCCUUUGCCCAAGGAGAAGACAUCCGCGGCUGUGUAAGUUGAUGUUUGGGAUGGAAGGGAAGGAACGGGAACGACAUGAUAAUGGCUGGGAAUUAUUGCAACUAGCGGCAUGAAUUUUUGCGGGAUUGAUGAUGGGAGUAACCUUUUUGAGAUGCAAAAGGAAACAAAACAAAGAAAUAAAAAUAUAUCCUACAUUCAGCUAGUGUCCCAAUCGUGCUAUGUCCAAUUAGGUGUCUCAAGUUGUCAAUUACAGCUGAAAGUUAUUUCAGAGGAAUGCUACGAGAGGGACUAGAAUCUAUGUGUUUAUUACUUCAUGUAC